GCUAUUUCAUUUCCUGCAGUUUGUAAAACGCCUCAAAACCCUACGUAUCUUCGCCGCUUCCAGAUAACACCAGUCUCUUUCUGCUAGGGUUCUCACCGGAAAAUGGCUAUUCGCUUCUUCACUCACUCUCUACUCUGCAGGCCGACAUCCUCCAACAAAGGCCUAAUUAUUUCUUUUCUCUCUCGCUCCAUAUCUUCCCUUCCCACACCCAAUCCUGCCUCUCGUUCUUUAUCUCUCCUCCGUGGUCUCCGCCCCCUUUCCGCUGCUGCCAGCUUAACAUCUUCUAAUCUUUCUACGGCUCUCACUACCCGGUCCUUCGCGACCCGGACGACGACGUCCUCGCUUAAUGAUCCCAGCCCUAAUUGGUCUAACAGGCCUCCUAAAGAGACCAUCUUGUUGGAUGGAUGCGAUUUUGAACACUGGCUUGUUGUUGUGGAGAAACCAGAGGGCGAUCCUACUAGGGAUGAAAUCAUCGAUAGCUAUAUUAAAACCCUAGCAAUGGUUGUGGGCAGUGAGGAAGAAGCAAGGAAGAAGAUCUACUCGGUUUCAACUAGAUGCUACUAUGCUUUUGGAGCUCUUGUGUCUGAAGAGCUUUCUCUCAAGAUUAAAGAAUUGCCCAGAGUUCGUUGGGUUCUUCCUGAUUCAUACUUGGAUGUUAAGAACAAAGAUUAUGGAGGGGAACCAUUUAUUGAUGGCAAAGCUGUUCCAUAUGAUCCAAAGUACCAUGAAGAAUGGAUAAGGAAUAAUGCCAGGGCAAAUGAGAGAAAUAGACGCAACGAUAGGCCUCGUAACUUUGACAGGUCAAGAAACUAUGAAAGGAGGAGGGAAAACAUGCAGAACAGGGAUUUCCAGAACACAAGGGCAGCUCCAAUGGAUAAUCAGGGCAUGCAGAAUCCUGCAUCCAACAUAGCUGGAAUGCCUCAGAACAACAUGAAUGGACCAGGCGCCCCCCCUCCACCACCACCUAACAACUACAUGCGCGGACCUCCUCCACCACCGCCUAACAACUACAUGGGCAGACCACCACCCCCUAACAACUAUAUGGGUGGGCCGCCGCCGCCACCUCCUCCUAACAAUUAUGGGGGUGGGCCACAGAACAUGGGAGGAAUGCCUCAAAACAACUUUGGAGGCAUGCCUACCAGCAACAUGGGAGGUGUGCCUCAGGGUCCAGGAUGGACCAAUAACAUGCCUGGGAACAUGCAGCAGAACUUCCCAACUGGGCCCAACAAUGGAGGCAUGCCUCACCAAGGUGCACCAUCAGACUACCAGAAUAACUACUCUUGAAAAUGGGACGGAAGCAUACCUGGUGGAGAUCCUUAUUUGGCUUGAAAGAUAAUUUGAAUAGACUAGGCACUAGCAUGUUGUGUAGAUAUGCGAGGGGAAAUUAUGUCUGGUCUUUUUGAAGCUAAUGGUCUUGAUGUCCAAAUCGGCUGGUGGGUUAUUGAUGUUAUAAUUGUCAUCAUGGUUGCAUGGUGCUAUAUUGAGUCAAAUGUUGCCACAGUUUUUAGUAUAGAGUUCAACAUAUAUUCUCUCUGUUACAACUUGCCCAUCGUAUGAGGUACCUUUGUGUAUACGUGGUUUUUAUGUUCCUCUGCAUGCUGCAUGAUAUAUGGAUUUUUGUUUUCUUUCC